AUGUUGUGUAGGCUGAAUUUGAUUCGGCAGUCACUGCGUAUCCCUAGAGGAUUAUCUGGGUCCCUUUAUCACACAUUAUCGGGUACUAAGAUUGCUAAAUCGAUUAGAGAUGAAGCGAAGCGUGAAGUCCAGCUAAUUCAGUCCAAGGUUCCGGACUUUAAGCCAACCUUGAAGAUUUUGCAAAUCGGUAGUAAACCUGACUCUUCCACAUAUGUUCGGAUGAAGCUUAAGGCUUCGACUGAAGGCGGUGUUGCAUGCGAUGUGGAGAAACUGCCAGAGAAUAUCGCGGAAGUGGAGCUGAUGAACAAAAUUGAACAGAUCAAUGAUGAUGAUUCUAUUCACGGGUUGCUGAUUCAAUUACCUUUACCAAAACACCUUAACGAAGCGAAGAUCACCAAUGCCGUUUCUUUCAAGAAGGACGUCGAUGGAUUCCACCGUUACAACGCAGGUGAAUUGGCAAAGAAGCAAGGUGAACCGUACUUUAUCCCAUGUACUCCAAAUGGUUGCAUAAGGUUACUUAAGGAAGCUAACAUUGAUUUAAGCGGUAAGCAUGCUGUGGUUCUUGGUAGAUCUGAUAUCGUCGGUACACCGGUUUCUAACCUAUUGAGAAACAUGAACGCAACUGUCACCAUGUGUCACAGCCGUACGAGAAACAUCCCAGAGAUAUUGUCCAACGCCGAUGUUGUCGUUGCCGCUUGCGGUAUUCCAAACUUCGUUAAAGGUGAAUGGCUGAAAGAAGGUGCUGUUGUUAUUGACGUGGGAAUCAACUACAUCCCAGACAGUAGUAAGAAAUCUGGUCAGAGACUUGUCGGUGAUGUCGAUUAUGAGUCCGCCAAGGAAAAGGCAUCAUACAUUACACCUGUUCCAGGUGGAGUGGGUCCUAUGACUGUUGCCAUGUUGGUUCAAAACGUCUUGCUUGCCGCUAAGAGACAAAUGAAAGAGGCUGACAAGAUGCCACAAAUUGCUCCACUACCAUUACAUUUGAAGAAUCCAGUGCCAUCCGAUAUUGAUAUCUCAAGAAGCCAACAACCUAAGCCAAUUCAAGAAGUGGCAGAGGAAUUAGGAAUUCAUAACCAUGAAUUGGAAUUAUUCGGUCAUUACAAAGCAAAAGUCGAUUUAUCCAUUUUGCACAGAUUGCAAGACCGCGAGAAUGGUAAGUAUGUGCUUGUCGCAGGUAUCACUCCUACCCCACUAGGUGAAGGUAAAUCAACCACCACUUUGGGGUUGGUGCAAGCUCUAACUGCUCAUUUGAAUAAACCAUCUAUUGCCAACGUUCGUCAACCUUCAAUGGGCCCAACUUUUGGUGUCAAAGGUGGAGCCGCAGGUGGUGGUUACUCCCAAGUUAUCCCUAUGGAUGAGUUCAACAUGCACUUGACUGGUGACAUUCAUGCUAUUGGUGCUGCCAACAAUUUAUUGGCAGCCGCCAUCGAUACCAGAUUGUUCCAUGAACAUACUCAAAAGAAGGAUGCCACUUUUUACAACAGAUUAGUGCCAAAGAAGAAAGGCAAGCGUACUUUCACUCCAAGUAUGUUAAGAAGAUUGAAAAAAUUGGGCAUCGAAAAGGUCAACCCAGAUGACUUGAGUCCUGAAGAAAUCAAGAGUUUUGCAAGAUUGAAUAUCAACCCAGAUACCAUUACCAUCAAGAGAGUUGUUGACGUCAACGAUAGAAUGUUGAGACAAAUCACCAUUGGGCAAGGUCCAUCUGAAAAGGGGCAAAUCAGACAAACUGGAUUUGAUAUCACAGUUGCCUCUGAGCUUAUGGCCAUCCUAGCAUUAUCCAAUGAUUUGAAAGACAUGAGAGAACGUAUUGGUCGUAUUGUUGUUGGUGCAAACUAUGACAAUGUCCCAAUUACAGUCGAAGACAUUGGAUGUGCCGGUGCUUUGACCGCCAUGUUGAAGGAUGCCAUUAAACCAAAUUUGAUGCAAUCGCUAGAAGGAACUCCAGUCAUGGUACAUGCAGGUCCAUUUGCUAACAUCUCUAUUGGUGCUUCGUCGGUUAUCGCUGACAAGAUUGCCUUGAAGUUGCUUGGUAAACCUAAGAAUAGUCACGCUGAGAAUGUGGAAUCUGGUUAUGUUGUCACUGAAGCUGGUUUUGACUUCACAAUGGGUGGUGAAAGAUUCUUUAACAUCAAAUGUCGUGCUUCAGGAUUAGCUCCAAAUGCUGUCGUCUUAGUUGCCACUGUUAGAGCUUUGAAAUUGCACGGUGGUGCCCCAGAUGUUAAACCUGGUCAAGCCUUGCCUGCUGAGUACACCGAGGAGAAUGUCGAUUUGGUCGCCAAAGGUGUUUCCAACUUGUGUAAGCAGAUUGAAAACGCCAGACAAUAUGGCGUACCAGUUGUGGUUGCAAUUAACAAGUUCGAAACUGAUUCCGACGCAGAGAUUGAAGUUAUCAGAGAAGCCGCUAAGAAUGCGGGUGCUUACGACGCUGUUGCCACAAAUCAUUGGGAGAAAGGUGGUGAAGGCGCUAUCGAUCUAGCCAAAGCCGUUGUUGAAGCCACGCAACAACCUUCGAACUUUGAGUACCUGUACAAUGUGGAAGACACUGUGGAAGAGAAAUUAGCUACAAUUGUGCAAAAAAUGUAUGGUGGCUCGAAGAUAGAAAUCUCACCAGAAGCUCAAGCCAGGAUUGACGCUUACAAGAAACAGGGCUUCGGUCAUCUACCUAUUUGUAUCGCCAAGACUCAAUACUCCUUGUCUCAUGAUGCAGCACUAAAAGGUGUCCCAACCGGAUUCACUUUCCCAAUUAGAGACGUCAGAGCCUCUGUUGGAGCCGGCUAUCUAUACGCAUUAGCCGCAGAGAUUCAAACCAUCCCAGGUCUCUCCACCUACGCAGGUUACAUGAACGUUGAGAUAGACGAAGAUGGUAAAAUUGAAGGUUUGUUCUAG